UCCACACGUGUUUCCUCCUCUCAGCAGCAGCAUGUACUGAGAGACCACAGAGGGAAAUGUCUGUAGAGAUGGUCGAGCUCUCCGUGAAAACAGCGGAGCCGGUGCGCCCGGCCGGAGUCCUGCAGCAGAACCGGGUCUUCCUCGACUUCUUCUGGGACAUCGCCAAGCCCGAGCAGGAGGUCCGGCUGAAGGCCGUGGAAGACCUGAUCCAGUACCUGAAGAAAAGCGACCAGGCAGAUGAAUUGGACUACACAUUUAAAAGGCUGGUGGACGGACUGGCUCACACUCGAGAGGCAGCGAGGCCCGGCUUCAGCCUGGCUCUGGGACAGGUCCUGAGUGCCUUUGAAGAUGUUUCUCUACAGACUGUACUCGACAGAAUCAAAGAAAAGCACAAUUUGCAGACCGUGAAAAAAAAACUUUUUAGAAAUGCUAUGUUUGGGAACUUGUUUGGCGUCCUCGCCAUUCAUCAGUCCAGCCGCCUCCCUAAAGAGCCCCAGGUGGUGUUGGGGUGUGUGAAGCUGCUGCAGAGUCUCAGUCAGCGCAAACAGCACCUGAAGGAACUGCCGACUAAAACCAUGAUGGACAUCCUCAACGAGAUCCCAGAGGAUGUGUUUGAGGAGGUGCUGCUGAGCGCGCUGCAGACGGAGCUGGAGGCGGCGUUCAGCACCCCGGAGCAGCUGCAGCUGCUGCUGGUUGCUCUGAGGCGUUUCCCCCAGACCCUGAAACCCAAGAAACUGAAGAAGCUGCUGGGCUGCUCCACCAUCAUCAACGCUGACAACAUCCCCAAGUUGCUGGACGUGUUAAAGAUGGCGGCGCGCUCGGUGAAGAAGGAGUGCGUCCUCCCCUCCGUGGUGCUGGACCUCCUGAAGCUUUCUCUGAAGGAGGACAGCUUCCAGCUCUUCUGGGACAACGCCAUCAUCAACGGCAUGUUGAAGGAGCCGGCAGGCCCCGCGCACUACCUGAGCUUCCGGCUGCUGGGCAGUGCGCUGCCUCUCCUGUCUGCAGAGCAGCUGCAGGAGGUGUUAUCUGGAGAGGUGAUGGUGCAGUACGGAGAGCACGUGGUGGCGGCUCAGAAGCCGGACCGCUUCAAGCUGGCUCCGGAGAUGGAUGUGUUCGUGUCGGACUUCCUGCAGGAGUGUCAGGACGCAGACAAACAGCUGAUCGUGAUGGUGCGCUUCUCCGCGUUGACCAACAAGGGCUACCCGGUGGUGCCGUCGGUGUGGAGAGUGGUGCAGCACCUGCAGCCGGCCGCCGUGCAGCAGUACGUCGCCUGGCUGAAGAAAACCUUCCUGCAGCCGCAGAUCGACAAACUGCUGGACUUCAGCACGCGCAAGCAGAAGGACAACCCGGCAGCCAAGGAACAGAAGGAUGACUCCGUCUUCCGCCUGAGGAAGUGGAUUAUCUCUCGGCUCUGUGCGAUCAUCGAUAACCACCUGGUGAAGAAGUCUGAGGAUCUGAUCAUGGACGUGGCCAGGUUUGUCUUCUUCCACGCGUUCUUCGGCACCAAGAAGGCCUCGGCCGACAUCCCCGAGACGAAGGGGAAGCUGUCCGUCCCGCUGGACGAUAAAAUCAGAGCCGUGCUCGUCAACUCUUUCUUUGGCCUCCUCCUCUCCAUGCACCACCUCCCUCUGGUGGAGGACUCUCCUGAAGGUGUAGCAGUGAGUCAGAAGCGUGCGCUCGGCGUCACGGCCGACGGCACCAUGUGGAUCUACCACCUGGUGCAGUACGCCCAGAGCCUGCUGAGUCAGCCCAAACACGCCCAGAGCAGCCAGCCCUUCAGCCCCGAGCAGAGCCAGGCCUGGGACAGCAUGCUGGAGUCUGUGGCCAACCUGAAGAAGAAAGCAAAGAAAGGUCCGUCAGCAGAGAGCAGCGCCUUCCAGCAGCUCUUCCUGUUGGUCGGCAUGCACCUGUUCAAGGCCCCUGAAGAGCUGCUGGACAUCAUGAAGGACCUGCAGAGCUGCAUGGACAAAGCUCAGGAGAAGAAGGCCAAGAAGAAGAAGAAAGAAGCCGUGGAGCAGCAGGAGGAGGAGCCGGAGUGGGUGGAGGUGAUGGUGGACAUCCUGCUGUCUCUGCUGUCCCAGCCGAGCAGACACAUCCGACAGGUCUGCAAGACGGUGUUCUCCUCCAUCUGCCCCAACGUCACUGCUGCCGCCCUCACCGCCAUCUUAGACGUCCUGGACCCAGAGAGGGAUGGCGAGGACGACGCUGCUGUGGUCGUCACUGAUGACAACAAAACCCAGAAGAAAAACUCAAACGAGGAAGAUGACGAGGAAGACGAAGACAUGGAGAAGUCUGAUGGAUCAGAUGAUGACUCUGAUGAAGGUGAAGAUGAUGAAGCAAUGGAGGAGGACGACGCAGAGGACGAUGAGGACGAAGAGGACGAUGAAGAGGAAGUGGGGCCAGUGGACCAAAACUUCCGUAUUAAGAUGAUGAAGAUCCUGCAGAAUCAGAAUGCUAUGACCACAGCAGGGACAGAGGGGGACGGCAGCAGUGAUGAAGAAAUGGACGAUGACGCCAUGUUGCAGCUGGAUAAAGGUCUGGCGGAGCUUUUCUCAGAGCAGAAGAAAAGAGCCCAGGCCAAGAAGGAUGAAAAGACCAAAAUGCAAAAAGAGAAAUCGCUUGUCCGAGACUUUAAGAUCAAGGUCCUGGAUCUGCUGGAGGUGUUUGUGGCGCGGCAGGCCGGCAGUCCUCUGGUUCUGGGUCUGGUGGAGCCGCUGCUCACCAUCAUCGACCGAGGGAUGAGUUCUGACAGCGACCAGCAGGAGCAGGACUUCCUCCGCAGAGCCGCAGAUAUCUUCAGGAACCAGCUGUGCAGGUCGAAGGUUUACUGCAAGACUGUCGGAGACAGAGAGGGGGAGCUGCACGACCUGCUGGAGAAACUGAUGACAAAGAGCCAGAAGCUGUCCGACUCCUCCGUCUGCCUCUACUACUUCAGUGCGUCUCUGUACGUGGUGAAGGUGCUGCGAGGAGCUCCAGCUGCUGAAGCCAAAGAGGAGGCGACGGCUGACGGAGCUGCAGGAAGUGACUUGAAGUUCAUGGGCAGCCUGGAUGUGGACCGGGUCUCCAAGAUCUUCAUAGAAGCUCUGAACUCCUUCAUGGGCCGCAGGAAGAGCCCGCUCAGCGCUCAGAUGUUCACAGAUCUGUUCACCAGAUUCCCCGGUUUGUGUGUGAAGAUGUUGGAUGCCGCCGUGCAGCACAUCAACUCGGGGGUCAGAGUGCACCAGCAGGGCCAGGCGUGUGUGUUGGUGCUGCGGGCGAUGCAGAGCCGGGAGGUCCAGCAGCUGCUGAGCGGCGCUGCGUGGACCGAGCUCUGUGGGCAGGUCUCAGGUCAGCUGACAGCGAGUCUGGAGAAGGUCGGGGAGACUGAGAGCAAAGUGGUGAAGGAGAAGGUGGUGAAGACCCUGGAGCUCUGUCAGUUCCUGGUGAAGAACGUCAAACAGCAGAAGCUGUCAGUGGACCUGGAGCCUCUGCAGACCGUCCUGCAGUCUCUGACCAGCUCCAUCGCGUUCAAGAAGACUGGAAAGCUGGAGGACACGUACUGGGCCGUGGUGAAGCACUUUGGAGUCAUAAAACCCAAAGUUGAAAAGAUAAAGCCCGAGAAGAAAGCCGACCCAAAGGAACUUCUGAAGAAGAAGAAAGGUUUCCUGCCAGAGUCAAAGAAGCGUAGGAAGCGAGACAUUCCCAUCUUAGAGCCGGCGGCCGCGGCAGCCGCAGCGGAGCAGGCGACCCUCAGAGGGGGGAAACCUGCAGCAGGCACAGGUCACUGGAAAAAGAAACAUGACAAGAAACCUAAACAGAAACGACCGGCCGACGGAGCAGCAGCCGCAGCAGCUUCUCCAAGCCCAGCCAAGAAGAGCAAGACAACGACGACAUCUGAGAGCAACUCAGCCAAGAAGAAGAAACCCAAACAGAAGAAAUAGGGAGCAGAAGUGAAGUGGACAAUGUUUUUUAGAGGCUGUGCUUUUUUGUUUCUGUUUCUGUUUCUGUAUUUCCUUGGCUGCGAUUUUGUUUCAGACAUGUUCGUUUCAAUAUGAGAUGUUGUAAUACAUAUUGAGACUUCGGAUGUGUGGGACAUGAAUUUAGAUGGAUUAUUUUUCUAACGUUUGACUAGAAGUAAUAAUGUCUACAACAAUAAAUGUAUUUCUCUUCCUGGAGAUUCAUGAUAACUCUGCUCCCACUGCAGUUCCUUUUGUGCUUUAUUAAUAUGAAACAUUUGUAAUAUGUAAAAAGCAACUAAACCUUGUUAUACAUUACCAAUUAUAAAUAUGUUCUGAGUCUAA